AUGAUGCUCAGCAGUUCGGUGGAGGUGCCCAGCCCAGGGGGCAUGAGCGCGGCGGCCGCGCGGAACGUGGUGCGCAGCUCCAGCAUCAGCGGGGCCAUGUACAGCCUGGAGAAGAGUCCCGGGGGCGCCCCCGACGCUGCUGGCCUGGUGGGAAACAAGAAGCGCCGCUCCAGCCUGGGAGCCAAGAUGGUGGCCAUCGUGGGGCUGUCCCAGUGGAGCAAGAGCACCCUCCAGCUCAACCAGCAAGACGGUGGGACGAAGAAGCUAAGGAGCACCAUUCGGCGUAGCACGGAGACAGGCAUCGCCGUGGAGAUGAGGAAUCGCGUGACGCGGCAAGGUAGCAAGGAAUCGACUGACGGAAGCACCAACAGCAACAGCUCAGACGGAACGUUCAUUUUCCCCACCACGCGCUUGGGAGCCGAGAGCCAGUUUAGCGACUUCCUGGAUGGCCUGGGCCCCGCCCAGAUCGUAGGUCGACAGACCUUAGCCACACCUCCAAUGGGGGAUGUCCAUGUGGGGAUGGUAGACAGAGGAGGUCAGCUAGAGGUGGAGAUCAUCCAGGCACGAGGACUGACCCCCAAACCCGGGUCAAAGAACAUCCCAGCGUCAUAUGUGAAGGUGUACGUGCUGGAGAACGGGGCCUGUCUGUCCAAGAAGAAGACAAAAGUGGUGAAGAAGACUCUGGAUCCGCUGUACCAGCAAGCCCUGCUCUUCGACGAGAGCCCGCAGGGGAAGGUUCUGCAGGUGAUUGUGUGGGGAGACUACGGUCGCAUGGACCACAAGAGCUUCAUGGGAAUGGCGCAGAUCCUGCUGGAGGAGCUGGACCUGUCCUCCACCGUGAGCGGCUGGUACAAGCUGUUCCCCACGUCCUCGCUGGCCGACCCCGCCAUCGGCCCCCUGACCCGCCGCCUCUCCCAGUCCUCCCUGGAGAGCGCCACCAGCCCGUCCUGCACCUAG